ACAGAACUAACAGCAGUUCACAUGUGCUACGAUCUGCUGCGGCAAACAUCACCUUAGCGGCUUUGUGUAUUUUUUUUAUAUUUAAUUUUGAUACUCUGUCAUGUCGAACGACGAAGGUGGCGUAGGUGUUGCACGCGGUGGCGGCGAUUCUGUUAAGCAAGCCAUCAUCGAGGAACUACAGAAUCUGCUGAGCUCGGACACAAGUGUUUUGCAACAGGCGGAAAAGCGUAACAAGCAAUUGCAAUACACAGAAGGGUAUGGCGUCUACUUGUCGGAGAUUAUAAUGAAUCAGUCGCACGAGCUACCGUUGCGUCAAAUUGCCAUUAUAAUGCUGACGCGAUACGUGGAAAAUCACUGGACAGAUCUCGAUGAGACGGAUAAGGCAGGCGGUCAUAUGGCCACCGAGCAGGCCAAACGCACAAUACGUAACAUAUUGCCCAAUGGCCUCUACGACCCCAACUCUAAGAUACGCUCUUCGGUGGCACACACAAUAUCUACAAUAGCAGCUACCGAUUAUCCACACUGCUGGGCGGAGCUCUUUGACAUUAUUGUCAAGUGUCUGGGUGGCAAUGAGGAUUCCAUACAUGGAGCUAUGCAAGUGCUGCAGGAUUUUACAUACGAUGUUGAGCAAAUCAAGGAUCUUGGUCCAGUGGUCAUACCCGAGGUGUAUCGCAUUUUCGACUCGGAGCAAAACUACUCAAUCAAAACGCGCGUCUCCGCCAUACGAACCCUGAAACAGCUCUUUAUGUCUAUCUCGGCGCUGAUAACUGACAAGCAGGAGCAGAGCUCCAUGAUGAGUUCCAUACUUACGAACUUCAUGGAUAAGCUUGUGCAUUAUCUGAGUAUGAAUUGUGGCGCUGGAUCCAGCUUUUUGCUGCGCUCCGAAAUCAUUAAAGUGUUCACUUAUCUGGUAACCGAUAUGCCAAAAUACAUUAAUCCCUUCAUGGAGCGCAUAUUGCCAAUUAUCUGGCAGUUGCUUACACAAAUUGCAGAAACUUACGUGAAGGUUUCCGUUAAUCAGACGGAGGCAAAUCCGCUGGCGAGUGGCGAAAACGAAGAAGAUGAUGAGCAGACCAAUUUCCAAACGCUGAUCAUACAAAUCCUCGAGUUCAUAAACUGCAUUGUCACAUGUGGGAAACUGCGUGGCAACAUUAAGAAUGUCCUUGCCGAUUUAAUCUACAUAACCAUCGUAUACAUACAGCUCAGUGAGGAGCAGUUGGAGGACUGGCAAGAGGACCCCGAGAAAUUCGUUGACGACGAGGACGAUGGCGGUGUCGAGCUAACUGUACGCAUGUGUGGCCGUGAUGUGCUGCUGGCCAUAAAUGACGAGUUCGGAGUGAAGGCCAUUCAGCCGUUGCAGGAAGCACUGGGCCGGCACUUUAGCGUGGCCGAGGCAGAAAAGGCUGCUAACAAUCCGAAUUGGUGGAAGAUUCAAGAAGCCUGCAUGGAUGCUGUUCAUGGAUUUCGUGACAUAAUACUCGAGGGCGAUUCGAAAUUUGACUUGCUUAAUUAUCUGACAAUCGUUCGUAAUUUGCUAGUGCACCAGGAAUCGCCCCAUCUGGUCGGACGUGCGCUCUGGACCCUGAGCACAUACUCUAAGUCAGAUUUGUACAAUCCGCAAAUGAUAAGCGAAAUUCUGGACGUAACUCUGUGCAGUCUAUCGCCGGAUAAGUCGCACAUAUUACGCAUCAGUGCCGUUCGCACCUUGCACGGCUUCCUGCAAGCUAACGAAGAUGUCGAGGGGGAGAAACGUACAUUACUUGUCUCCAAGUUACCUGGUUUCCUAGAUGGUAUUAUGACCCUUGUGCCCGGCUGCAAGGCCACUGUUCUGGCGCUUAUAAUGGAGGCUCUAACAAUGAUGGUCAAGUUUGAUGCGGACUUUGCGUACGCAAUGCACCCCAAGAUCACACCCCUGACCAUUGCAGCCUUCCUGAAAUAUGCUGAAGAUCCGUUUGUUUUGGAGAACGUUCAAGAUCUGAUCAAGGCGCUCUGCCAGCACAAGCAGUGUCUGGGAUCGCUCCAAGAGAAAUUCAUACCCACCAUUGUAAGCAUACUAGCGCUUCAGGGUGAACAAUGCGCCGAGAAGCAGGAUAUUGCCCUGGAUGUGCUAAAUACAAUUGUCAGGUACACGGAGCCGCCUCUGCCCAAUGUCCUGCUGGAAACAGCAUUUCCCGCGAUGAUCAACUGUGUGCUGCACACUGACGAUCACACCGUAAUGGUCGCUGGUGGGGAGUGCCUGCGCAGCUUCAUCAAUGUUUCACCGGAGCAGAUCUGCAACUAUAAGAAUGGCGAGGGCGUCAACUAUGUCAUGCAGGUGGCAACUGUUUUGCUAAAUCCCAUGAAUGCCGAGAUGACAGCCGGUGGUCAAAUUGGACGAUUGGUCAUCACCAUUAUCACCAAAAUGGGUAGCAUGCUUGGUCAAACGGUUGAUAUGCUGCUAAAGGCAGUCAUCAGCAAGAUGCAGAACCUCGAGUGCCUCAAGGUCAUCAUGAAUUUGGUGCUCAUAUUCGCCCAUCUGUUCCUUACCCAAAUGGAUGCUGUGCUAAACUUUCUGUCUACAGUGCCUGGACCCAAUGGCGAGCCUGCCUUACAGUUUGUUCUGACUAAUUGGCUGUCGCGACAGAACUCCUUCUUUGGUGCAUACGAACGCAAAGUCACAACGAUGGCUCUGUGCAAGCUUUUCGAGUACGGCGUAGCAACGCAGGACAAUCGAUUGACGUCAAUUACGUACAAGGAACUAGUGGAUGAGCCGAGCGGCGAUCGCAUACGCACACGUUCAGUUGCGUCCUCAUAUCAGAAAUGGAUUACGAUUCCCGCACUUGUGAAGAUAUUUAAAGUGCUCAUAUCCGAAUAUCAGCACUUCCAAGAAGGCAAGACGGAUGCGCCGCUUACAGAUUCCGAGGAUGAAGUCACCGAGGAAGAUGAUGCUGCCGGCAAUGCCGCCAAGCCACGCUACAUCUCCGACCUGUGUUUCGAUUUCGAUGAGGACAAUGUAGAGGAUGAGCAAGUGCUGCAGGUACUGCUGAAGGAGUGCAACUACACAGGCGACAUUGGCGAGAAUUUGCAAAAGUUUCUCACCAACUUCGCACAAAAUGAACAUUUUCCCACAUUUUACGAACAUCUCAAUGAAUCCGAGCGCCUCGUUCUGCUAGCCAAAGUGCAGCAGAAGUAAUUAAAGCGGCAGCCCCAUCGACUAUCAAAUUUAAAAAUGUGUCUCACAGCCCAUUGUGUUAAUCGUUUAUAAUUAAUUGUUA